AUGGCUACCUCUNUUCCCCCUCCUCCCGUCAACACCAUUGUCAACGGCCACAUCGAAUCCACCUACUCGAAAAAGACUGGCAAAUGGACUGCUCCCGAAUUCGUCACCUCGCCCUAUCUCCGUAUCCACGGCAUGGCCCCAGGCCUCAACUACGGCCAGCAGUGCUAUGAGGGCCUCAAGGCCUUCCGUAGCCCCGACGACUCCGAAAUCACCAUCUUCCGUCCCGAUAUGAAUGCCAAACGCAUGCAACACUCUGCUUCCUUUGUCUCCAUGCCCGAGGUCCCCGUCGAGCACUUUGAAGAGUGCGUCAAGGCUGCCGUAGCGCUGAACGCAGAGUUUGUGCCGCCUGCUAGGACAGGAGCAGCCAUGUACAUUCGCCCGUUGCUGUUUGGCAGUUCUGCACAAUUGGGCUUGAGCCCGCCUGAAGAGUACACUUUUGUGGUUUGGGUGUUGCCUGUGGGUGUCUACCACGGUGUACACUCUGUGCCCGCACUCAUUCUUGAGGACUUUGAUCGUGCGGCUCCUCACGGUACUGGUUCCGCCAAGGUGGGUGGAAACUAUGCUCCUGUGUUGAGAUUCAGCGAAAGAGCUAGAAAUGAUGGUUAUGGCAUUACUCUGCACCUGGACAGCAGGACGAGAACCGAGAUUGACGAGUUCAGCACUUCUGCUUUCUUGGGUGUCAAGAAAGAGGGUGACAAGACCACUUUGGUGGUGCCGGACAGCAAGAAUGUCAUUGAGAGUGUGACGGCAGACAGUGUGUGCCACAUUGCACGCAGCUUGGGUUGGACUGUCGAGAAGAGAGCUAUCAACUACGACGAAAUCAAGUCUUUCGACGAGGUCUUUGCUGCCGGAACAGCAGCAGCUCUCGUCCCCAUCAGAAGCAUCACCAUGAAGAGCCGCGGCGACACCUUUACCUACCUAGACUCUGACGAACCUGGCCCUGUCUGCCUCAAGUUGCUUGACAACCUCAAGGGCAUCCAGACUGGUCGCUACGAAGACAAAUUUGGCUGGAACGUCAAGGUUGAGCAGAAGAGUAGAGAGGCGUUUGCCAAGGGAGGAGACGAAACUAAGGGUGGUAACGUGGAUGUUAUGAACGCUUGA